GCCUGAGCCUCGGCACCUGUGAGAGCCCGAGCAGGCGGGUACCCCGCGCCCUGUGCCCGCCGGAGGAGCUCUGCUCCGGGCUUCGGAGGUGGUGAUCCCAUCUGCGCAAGGUAAAACAUCAAGAGAGCAUGGCUCACCUGAGUGAACGAAAAUGGACUCACGUGUUCCCUUUCCUGGUGGUCUCCCUGGUGUACUCUGCCAGUGCUGAAUACUCCAACUGCGGCGAGAAUGAAUACUACAACCAGACCACUGGCAUGUGCCAUGACUGCCCCAAGUGCGAGCCGGGUGAAGAACCUUACAUGACAUGUGGAUAUGGCACCAAAGACGAGGACUAUGGCUGCAUCCCCUGCCCUUCAGAGAAGUUUUCCAGAGGAGGUUACCAGAUAUGCAGACGGCACAAAGACUGUGAGGGUUUUUUUCGAGCCACAGUCAUGACACCUGGUGAUCAGGAGAAUGAUGCAGAGUGUGGUCCUUGUCUGCCAGGUUACUACAUGCUGGAAAACAGACCUCGCAACAUCUAUGGGAUGGUUUGCUACUCGUGCUUGUUGGCACCUCCUAACACCAAGGAAUGUGCAGGGGCUAACUCUGGCAUUUCAGCCAUUUUUCCAAGUACCUCUGGCACAAGCACUUUCUCACCUUACCAGCAUGCUCACAAAGAUCUUUCAGGACAAGGACAUCUGGCUACAGCUCUUAUAAUUGCCAUGUCUACCAUCUUCAUAAUGGCUAUUGCCAUUGUCCUCAUCAUCAUGUUUUACAUUGUGAAAACAAAACCUUCUGCUCAAGCCUGUUGCAAGAGCCACUCAGUAAAAAAUGUUGAAGCUCAGGCUAACACACAAGAAGAGAAGAAAGAAGUGCAAGAUAAUGUUGUGAUAUUUUCUGAGAAAGAAGAGUUUGAAAAACUUACAGCAACUCCAGCUAAGGCUGUCAAAAGUGAAAACGAUGCAUCUUCUGAGAAUGAACGACUUUUAAGCCGUAGUAUGGAUAGUGAUGAAGAAGCUGCAGUUGACAAGCAAGGGACCCCAGAGAGAUGCUUAUUAUCUUUAGUGCAUUUGGCCAGAGAUAAAUCUUCUACAAGCAAUAAAUCAACUGGGAUUCAAAGUCGAAGGAAAAAGAUACUCGAUGUGUAUGCUAACGUAUGCGACGUUGCAGAAGGUCUGAGCCCUACAGAGCUGCCAUUUGAUUGCCUGGAGAAGACCAGCCGAAUGCUCAGCUCGACCUACAACACAGAAAAAGCCAUAGUGAAAACGUGGCGCCACCUUGCCGAGAGCUUUGGACUGAAGAGAGAUGAGAUAGGCGGUAUGACAGACGGCAUGCAGCUGUUUGACCGCAUCAGCACGGCAGGUUACAGUAUCCCAGAACUGCUAACCAAACUGGUACAAAUUGAGCGGUUGGAUGCUGUUGAAUCCUUGUGUGCAGAUAUUCUGGAGUGGGCACAAGCAAUGCCAGCUCCUGAACCAGCAGGGACAUCCUGACAUGCCUGCCUGGGACCUGCACUUCUACAUCACCCCAAAGAAGCACGAUUUUGGCAAGCACACAAAGACUAUGGACAAAAGACCAUUGAUGUUUCUUCUACAUAAUUGCUCCUGAUAGCCAAUGGGAAGCUCUUCUCUUUGACUUCUAAAAAAAAAGUGAAGUUGCACAUUUAUAAAAAUAAGAGCAGAAAUCUCCCAAGAAGCUUGGUAUGAAACAUGUCAGUAAACAAAAUUAUUACAUUAACCAGAUACUGAUAACAAGUGGACACACAAACAUCCAUUUUGCGGUCUGUAUUAUGAGUAUAACGGCAAAUAACCCUGCUGAUACCCUUCCUGCCUGGCUUUCAAGAAAGGCAUUGAAUAGCUCUCUGAAAAUAUUCCUGUCUCUUAGGACUUCAUUCAAUGGUGUAAUGGUUUAAUAGUUACAGUCAGAAGCAGUACCACAGCUACAGUGUCAAUUAUACACAUGAGGCACGUACAUUUCUAUCUGCUCCAACCAAUUUCAUUUUCUACACUUACUAUGGGUUUGUUGAAUCUAGAAGUACGUCCUCAGAUUUACUAACUAUACUAUAUAUGAAAAAAGAGUCACCACAACUUACAGAUUGAAGUGCUUCAAAACAAUGUACAUAAAGCACGUUAAUGCACUCUUGGUCCAUACUGACAUUUCAGAAAUUAUAAAUUCAAACUGCUGACUUGCUGAGGACAAGCUGAUUAGGCAAGUGGACAGCAAAAUUUGUCAGUCACUCCUUGCGAGUUGAGAACAAGUUCUUUUCUUCUUUGCUAUUACAAAAAUAAAACCAAAACCCCAAACAAACAAGAAAAAAAUGCACCUUGUCCACUGCCAUGAAAAAUGUACUUUUCAGGUAGUGACAUCUACAUAUCAAAUUAUAUUCCAAGAAGAGGAAAUUCAGACAACAGUGCACAUGUGACAG